GAGACUUCAGGGAAAUCCAGACAGCUCUACAAAAUAGCAAAGGCACAACGUGGCGCAGUCAAGGAAUGCGGACACCGCCUGCAAUUCUAAAAUUCUACCUCAGAUUGGGAAUCGUCAUGAAUACUAGGACAGGAAACACAAACUGCCUCUGGAAGAGAGAUUUUGUCCUUCUCAUCUUUACUGGGCUCAUGGUCUUGCUCAUCUACAGCCUGACCACAGAAAAAAUUAGAACAGAAAGGAUUUUAGUCUCAAAGCUUCAAGAAAAACCCGUCCUUUGCCCAGUAGCAAUCUCAGAGGAGAGCAUCACUCCACUCAAAAAUACCAAACACUACCUGGUGUCAGCCUUCAUGGACCAGAGAGUGAAGGGUUUCGACAUACGCAUCAUUGGCAUUUUCAAGAGAGACUCCAUAAAUCCUCUUCACUGCUCUUUCUGCUGUGGUGGUGUGUGUAACAAAACCUCCCCAGCCACCAUUCUCCCACACAGUGAUCACUUUGGUUUUCCUUACACUGCCACAGAUGUCCUGUGUCAGAUCCCCAAAAACUGCGAUCCUUCUUCUGUCACUGUUCUGACUCAGCCGUCAUCGAAUGCGUCUGACCAUGUAUUCAUUCCUAUAAGAAACAAAAAAGAGGAAAUAAGGUUCAACUUCACCGUCUGUAUCUCCAGCCUGUUUGGAGAUUACAACAACGUGCUUCAGUUUGCACAGACUCUGGAAAUGUACAAGUUGCUUGGUGUGAACAGAGUGGUGAUCUACAACACCAGCUGUGGUCCAGAACUGGAACGUCUUUUACAAAGUUACAGACAGGAGGGUUUUGUUGAAAUGGUUCCAUGGCCCAUAGACAGGUUUCUGAAUCCAUCUAGGGGUUGGCUUUUCUCAAAACAUGGAGGAGACUUGCAUUACUUUGGACAGAUCGUGACCCUUAAUGAAUGCAUGUAUCGGUCCAUGGAGCGUUCACGCUAUGUCCUGCUGAAUGACAUAGAUGAGAUCAUAAUGCCAUAUAAACACGAAAACCUGGUGUCUCUGAUGAACUCGCUGGAACCACAACAUUCAAAUGUUGGAGAGUUCCUCAUUGAGAACCAUAUCUUUCCCAAAAAGCACUUUGAACCAAGUGGGAGGUUUCAUCUUCCCCAGUGGGAGAAGGUUCCAGGAAUCAACAUUCUGGAGCACAUCUACAGAGAAGACCCAGAAAGAGGGGUUUACCAUCCACAUAAGAUGAUAGUAAAACCAAAGUUGAUAGAGCAGACCUCAGUGCAUGAAGUCCUUAGGAAGUUUGGAGAACGUUACAAAGUUCCACUGGAGGUCUGUCGCAUUAUUCACGUUUGUGUAUCUAUGCGUGGAUAUUUGAAGUUGGAGGAGCUUAAUGAAGACAAACGACUUUGGGAC